AUGUAUGUAACGAAAUUACGACAGAAAGCGGAACAUUGUGAAUUCAGUGAUAAGGAUGGUGAAAUUAAAAGUCAGAUAAUACAAGGAUGCGUAUCAAAGAAAUUAAGAAUUAAGUGCUUAGAAGAAGAAAAGGAAUUGAAAGACAUCCUAAUUCUAGCAAGAAGUAUGGAAAUGGCGGAAAAACAAGCACAUGCAAUGGACAGACAUGACAGUCUUCCGGUAAACAAAAUUAAGAAACAUCCUUCCCAGCGACGAAAGCCUGAAAAUCCUGCUUAUCAGAAAGAAAUACAGAAGUGUAGAAACUGCGGAGGAACUUAUCCACAUGCGCGAAAAUGCCCAGCCCUUGGCGCAAAAUGCAAUUACUGCCAUAAAAGAAACCAUUUCAUUGGGGUAUGUCGUAAACGGCUGAAUUCAAAAGGACAACUACACGAAAUAUCCGAAAAUAACAAUGGCUAUGAAACCAACAGUGAAGACGAAUCUUGUUCUGAAACGGAUGUGGCUUUUGGACUUAGUGUUGUAAAGAAAAUUUCAAACAAAAAAGUGCCAAAAGUAAACUUAAAAGUAAAUGGUGUUGAUGUGACUUUUCUUGUUGACACAGGAAGUAGCUUGAAUAUUCUCGACGAGUCUUUAAUCGACAAAAUGAGACCGAAGCCGAAAAUCCAGAAAACAAAAACAAAAGCAUAUGCAUUCGGUCAAAACAAACCAUUGUCUAUAAAAGGGAAAUACGUAUGUGUCAUAGAAUCGGCUCCUAAAUUCGCAACAACGGAUUUUCAUGUCGUGAACGGUGCAUCGGAAAAUUUGAUAAGUUAUGAAACCGCCGUGGAGCUUGAAAUUGUACCAGUCAUACAGACUAUAUCUAGUAAAAAAGAGAAGUAUUCAGACUUAAAUGACAAAUACAAACCAGUGUUCAAUGGGCUAGGAAAAUUAAAGGAUAAGCAAAUCAAAUUCCAUAUAGACGAAAGUGUAAUACCUACUGCCCAGCCAGCUAGACGCAUUCCGUUUCACGUCCGUGAUAAAGUUGCACAAGAGCUCGAGAAACUUGAAAAACUUGAUGUAAUUGAAAAAGCCACAGGUGCGACACCCUGGGUCUCGAACUUGGUCGUUGCUCCGAAAUCCAAGUCUCCGAAUGAUGUCAGAAUUUGUGUAGAUAUGAGAAAAGCGAAUCUAGCAUUAAAGCGUGAAAGACAUGUCGUGCCUACAGUGGAUGACAUAAUAAUUGAACUAAAUGGCUCCACCGUGUUUUCAAAGGUGGACCUUUACAAAGGGUUCCAUCAGCUCGAACUUUCCGAGGAAUCAAGAAACAUGACCGUGUUCGCAAGCCAUGUUGGACUUUGGAGGUACAAACGGCUAAAUUUCGGUGUAAGUGUAGCCCCAGAAAUUUUCCAAAAUGAAAUACGGCAAGUGAUAAAUGAAUUAAAUGGUGUGCUGAAGAUUUCAGAUGACAUAAUCAUUCAUGGGAAAACGCAAACAGAUCAUGACUCGAACUUAGAAGCACUUCUGCAACGGCUACAAGAUAGAAAUCUGACACUCAACAAAGAAAAAUGUGAAUUUGGAAAAAGCAAAAUAAAAUUCUUCGGAUAUGUCUUUUCUGAAUCGGGAAUAUCACCAGAUCCUGAGAAAAUCACUGCUAUCAAGAACGUUGAAAAGCCGAAAAAUCAGGGCGAGGUUCGAUCUUUCCUUGGAAUGACAAAUUACGUGUCAAGAUUUAUUGAAAACUACUUUACAAUCUCAGAACCCCUCAGACGCUUAACACAGCAAAAUCAGCCAUUUGAAUGGACAACACAGCAGGAAAACGCGUUUCAUCAACUGAAAAAUGCAUUAGUCAGUGACAAGGUCAUGGCAUACUUUGACCCGUCAAAACAAAGAACUGUGGGUUGA